AUGAGUGCCAGGGUGCUCCCCGCAAGGAGGCAGAGAGCAGCCAGCAGCACCCUGGCAGGGAUGAGCUGCACCCCGGCAGCAGCCCAGCACGCCGUGCCCAUCGCCUCCAGGCCCCGGACAUCCUUCCUCAUCCAAGACAUCCUCUGGGAUGGGGCAGAACAGGGAGAGCAGCCGGAGAGGGGCAAGAGCAGAGGAUUUGGCAGCCAGGAUGGGGAGCCAGGGGCAGCCGCAGUGGAGAGGAGCAAGGGCAGUUCUGCCCUGGGAGCUGCCCCAGGGCAUCCCACCAGGAGCCCUCAUCCUCCAGGAGCAUCCCAAGCCCAAGGGACACCCCAUGAAGCAGACACAGCGGAGCCCUACCCGUCAGAUUGUGCCCCCCCGCUGCAGUCCCGGCCCAUGGCCCCGUGUCCCCCCAAGCAGGCAAAGCGCUCACGGGCAGCAUUUUCCCACAGCCAAGUCAUCGAACUGGAGAGGAAAUUCAGCCACCAGAGGUACCUGUCUGCCCCCGAGCGGGCCCGCCUGGCCCGGACCCUGCAGCUCACCGAGACCCAGGUCAAGAUCUGGUUCCAGAACAGGAGGUAUAAAACCAAACGGAAACAGGUCGCCUCCGAAAUCACCAGACUGGACACACAGAAAGCAGCCGAGCUCCACGGAGCAUCCCUGCUGGCGCUGCGGGGCGGCUGGCACUACCUGCCCUGCCUCUAUUACCUGAGUGGCUGGAGCCCUGUGUGGUAG